UUAAAUGUUUUGGUCAAUGGCUUUCUGCACCAGCGCCUACUGUGCGGGCCGCGUGUGACGUCCACACAGUGAAAUGUCAUAAUAUUUUGGUUAUCUUGGCGUACUUUGAACUCCGGGACGAAUAGGAAGAGACUCGCAUUAAUCCGUCGGUCGUCGCGAUAUCACGGUUGAUAUUUUCGCCGAGCCAGUACGAUAUCAUCGACGCGCUUCUAAUCGUGCCCGGUGCUUUUAGUUUCCGUUCAAUUUUUAAGUUACAGUUUCCCUUCGUUCCCGAGGCCUUUACAACCCGUCCACCUCACAAUACCGUUCAUUGUGUUUACCCCCUGCCUUCCCUCCCGUUCGUUCGUUCGUUCGUUCGUUUACAUCACACCCGAGAAAGGUGAAAGGACAGCAGUGUGAGUGUGUGUUAGUGCCACGCAAUGUCGGAAAACAAGAGCCCAAUCAAGUAUUUCCUGUCCGGCGGGUUCGGUGGCAUCUGUACCGUGCUGGCGGGCCACCCGCUCGACACGAUCAAGGUGCGGCUGCAGACGAUGCCCCUGCCCGCCGCCGGCCAGGCCCCGCUGUACGCGGGCACGCUCGACUGCGCCAAGAAGACGAUCGCCCGCGAAGGCUUCCGGGGGCUGUACAAGGGCAUGUCGGCCCCGAUCACGGGCGUGGCGCCGAUCUUCGCCGUUAGCUUCUUCGGCUUCGGGCUGGGCAAGCGGCUGCAGCAGAAAACGCCCGACGAGGAACUCAACUACACGCAGCUCUUUGCGGCGGGUGCGUUUUCGGGCAUCUUCACCACGACCGUGAUGGCGCCGGGCGAGCGGAUCAAGUGUCUGCUGCAGAUCCAGCAGGGCGGCAAUUCGCCGCAGAAGUACAGCGGCAUGGUGGACUGCGCGAAGCAGCUGUACGCCGAGGGCGGGAUGCGCAGCAUCUACAAGGGCGCGUUCGCGACGCUGCUGCGCGAUGUGCCCGCCUCGGGCAUGUACUUCCUCACGUACGAGUACAUCCAGCGGGCGCUGGCACCGAAGGCGGGCGAACAGAAGGACGCAUCGAUCGGGCUGCUCGGCACGAUCUUUGCCGGCGGGAUGGCGGGCAUCGCGAACUGGGCGAUCGGCAUGCCGGCCGACGUGCUGAAGUCGCGGCUGCAGACGGCCCCGGAGGGCUCGUACCCGAACGGCAUCCGGGACGUGUUCCGGGAGCUGAUGCGCCGGGAGGGACCGCUCGCGCUGUACAAGGGCGUGACGCCGGUGAUGUUGCGUGCGUUCCCGGCCAAUGCGGCCUGCUUCAUCGGGGUGGAAGUGUUCAUGAAGUUCCUGAACGUCGUUGCACCAGGGCUGUAAAACAGAAUGGGGGACGGAAGGGUCUCAAAAGUGCAAUCAUCCGUGCAGGGUGGAGGGGGGUGAACGGGGGAAAGGGAUAGGGUUUUACACUGCCUCCUAGAGUGGUUUUUGGAUUGUUAACACGUUUUCGUACCCCUUUUUGUUACCGAGUUUGUAUUAUCACGCUCCUUUUUUUUUCUUCGUUUUGAAAACCGUACAUUGUGACCUCAGUCUCUGUCUCUCUGUCUCUCGAAGCUUUACAUACAGAGCAGUGGACGAAAUCAUAUGGAAAAGACUCACA